AUGUCUGGUGAAUUUGGCUUUCCUCAGAAUGAAUGGUUUUAUAUAAAAUCUCAAAUUAAUGGACAUGUCCUUGAACCUCAGAGUCUUUCAGUAAAUUCUGGCGUUAGGAUAAUUAUUUCUAAGCAAAGAUUUGGUUUUGAUGCUGACAGUCAGCUUUGGAAAUGUGAUAAUGGAUUCAUUAUUAACAGAGCUUCAGGAAAAGUUUUGGACAUUCAAGGAGCACAAAACCAACGUUGGGCCUAUUUGCCCGAAGGUUUUAUCUGUCCUUUGAAUAAUAACGAAUACGUUUUGCAUGUAAGCGGUCACUUUGGUAUCGAAAAACUUGAGGGUGCUGAUGUCUUGUUACAUCAUGUCAAGGAUCAUGAAAGUCAUAAACAAAAAUGGACUUUUGAAAAAGAACGUGAUCAGCCCGCAAUUAUGGCGCCUCCAAUACCAAGAGAUCUGACGCCUACAAUGCUAAAAAAAGAUAUUUUUGCUAAUGAUAUUAUAAAUCAAUCGAGUGAAAGUUCUUAUACUUAA